GUGAUUCAGCGGUCCGCAGAUUCGGGACUGGUUUAGGAUUGCGGGGUUGGCCGAGGGCAGGGCAGGGGAGCCGGGUAGGGUAGGGUGUGUAGCGCCGGUUGUGCACUGGUGAGAUUGGAGGCCGUUAGUGGCGUUCCCCGGGGCGGCGUGCGGUGCGGGGCUCGGGGCUCGGGGCUCGGGGCUGAAAGUGCGGCCCGGAGUCGAGCGUCAGGGCCGGUGGGGAACAUGGCGUCGCUGAACGACAGGUCGGUGUGGGAUGAGGUGGAGGAUGGAAUUGGCGAAGAGGUGCUCAAAAUGUCCACCGAGGAGAUUGUUCAGCGAACACGACUGCUGGACAGUGAGAUCAAGAUCAUGAAGAGUGAGGUGCUAAGAGUCACACAUGAGCUGCAGGCCAUGAAAGACAAAAUCAAGGAGAACAGUGAGAAGAUCAAAGUCAACAAGACCCUGCCGUACUUGGUCUCCAACGUCAUUGAGUUACUGGAUGUUGAUCCAAAUGAUCAGGAAGAGGAUGGGGCGAACGUUGAUCUGGAUUCCCAGCGGAAAGGGAAGUGCGCUGUGAUCAAAACAUCCACCCGUCAGACCUAUUUCCUGCCAGUGAUUGGACUGGUUGAUGCAGAGAAACUGAAGCCAGGCGAUCUGGUGGGCGUGAACAAGGAUUCCUACCUGAUUCUGGAGACGCUGCCAACGGAGUAUGACUCUCGGGUCAAGGCCAUGGAAGUGGAUGAACGACCAACUGAGCAAUACAGUGAUGUUGGCGGUUUGGACAAGCAGAUUCAAGAGCUGGUCGAAGCCAUUGUCCUUCCCAUGAACCACAAAGAGAAGUUUGAGAACCUGGGGAUUCAGCCUCCAAAAGGCGUCCUGAUGUAUGGACCUCCGGGAACGGGGAAGACCCUGCUGGCCAGAGCCUGUGCUGCCCAGACCAAGGCUACUUUCUUGAAGUUGGCGGGGCCACAGCUGGUCCAGAUGUUUAUUGGCGACGGUGCGAAGCUGGUUCGUGAUGCAUUUGCCUUGGCCAAAGAGAAGGCUCCAUCCAUCAUCUUUAUCGAUGAACUGGAUGCCAUUGGAACAAAGCGGUUUGACAGUGAGAAGGCAGGUGACCGGGAGGUGCAGCGAACAAUGUUGGAGCUACUCAAUCAGCUGGAUGGCUUCCAGCCAAACACCCUCGUCAAGGUGAUUGCGGCCACCAAUCGGGUGGAUAUCCUGGAUCCAGCCCUGCUGAGAUCAGGCAGGCUUGACCGUAAGAUUGAGUUCCCAAUGCCCAACGAGGAGGCACGGGCGAGAAUUAUGCAGAUUCACUCGAGGAAGAUGAAUGUGAGUCCUGACGUGAACUAUGAGGAGUUGGCUCGAUGUACUGAUGACUUCAAUGGAGCCCAGUGCAAGGCUGUGUGUGUGGAAGCGGGGAUGAUUGCUCUGCGCAGAAAGGCAACAGAACUCACGCAUGAGGAUUACAUGGAGGGCAUCCUGGAGGUCCAGGCCAAGAAAAAGGCCAACCUGCAAUAUUAUGCUUAGAACAGAGGGAGACCAGGACUAGCAAGUGAGCGAGAGACAGCGAGGCAUCUCGCGGGUGUGGCCCAUUAGGGUCUGUACUGUAAACGUGCAAUCUCUUCACUUACAUUAAUAAAAUGUGUUUUUCUACAUGAA